GCAAAAAAGCCCAUCAUGACACACUUUGUAUCCCACCUCCACGAAACUCCGUCGCACAAUUAGCCUGAAGGGUUUUCGAACACCUUUCUUUGCGACCAGCCAUAACAUACAUUGCCUUUUUUUAGCCCGUCUAGAGUCAAGAUUGCAUUGAAAAGCAGCAUUGCACGCACGGCCCCCCACAACACAAACGCGAUUGGCAGAACAUCCAAGGCUGAACUCUUCACCCCACACAUGUCUCCUUGCGGCCCCACACUUAACCCCACAUGCUUUGCGCUACCCCACCGCCUAUUUUUUUUUCAGCCGGGCACAAAUGGGGACACACUACGAGCCCAGUGGGGAAUAUCGCAUAGAGAACGUCUUCAGCUUCCUCGCGGUCGCCAGCACCGUGCUCAGCACCGCAUGUGCCAAGCCCAGCUGGGGACUGUUUGCCCAGGACUAUGAGGACGACUUUAUGUCGAUGGGUGGCCGCCGUCGUGAGGGUGGAACGAUCGUUGACCGGCUCCGUGACGAUAAGCGUUUCAGCAAGUUCGUCGAGGUCCUGGAACGUGAGCGCGGUCUCCGUGACGACCUCGGUAACCGCGACAAGGAGAUGACCGUCUUUGCGCCCACCAACGAGGCCUUCAAGCACAUGGAGGAGGGCAUGCACAUGUGCUCCGGCACGAAAGGAAAGAUGGACAUGAAGCAAAUCAUAAUGUACCACGUCGCUCCCGACGCUGAUAUCAUGAGCGACAUGAUGCAUGCCGGUGCUUUGAUCCCGACCGGUCUGCGUCUGAAGUCUCUCGGUGAUCGUCACCAACGCAUGCGUGUCUUCAAGUUCCACAAUGAGAUGUGGUUGAACAUGCACGCCCGCAUCGUCGACAUGGACAUGGAAGCCGAAAACGGCCGCAUCCACGCCAUCGACCGCGUGGUGUGCCCGCCGAUGGAAGUUACCGAGAUGAUGUACAUCUUGCCCACGAAGUUCUCCACCUUCCUCUCCGGCUUGGAGCGCACGGGCAUGAUGGAAAAGAUCGAGAGCGAGAAAGGCAUGACGAUCUUUGCUCCGUCCAACCACGCCUGGCAAAACCUCGGCUUCGACAACUUGCGCUACCUAUUCAGCUGUAUGGGCCAGAAGGAGGAGGGCGGCCGCCGCCGCUACGACGAGCGCGAUGGUGACCGUAUGCGUAUGCGCUGCAAGGGUAUGCAAGACCUCAAGAAGAUUAUGGAGUACCACAUCGGAAUGGACAUAGCUUGGUCUACUGACAUGAUGGAGAAGAAGGAUAUGCGCAUGGAAACGAUGAUGGGCGAGGAGCUCGAGAUCAAGGCCAUGAGGAUGCGCCGCGGCGGCCGCGACGAGGACCGUGACGAUGACUGCGACGACCACGACAGCGACGACUGCCGCCACCGCCGUCGCCGCGACGACCGCCGCAGGCACGAUAACGACCGCCACAGGCACGACGACGACCGCCGCAGGCACGAUGACGACCGCCGCAGGCACGAUGACGACCGCCGCAGGCACAACGACGACAAGAAGAUGCACGAUGUGCGCAAGUACAACUUCAUCAUGAACAAGGGCGAGGCUCGCGUCUCCUUCACCGACAUGCUUGGCUCCAACGGCGCUAUCCAGAUGAUUGACAACGUCAUGCUCCCGCCCGGUAUGCGUCUUCCCCACGACCGUAUGAUGUAAAAUAGUCGGGAACAUCUUGUAGGGUUAUCGGAGAGAUAUGGGUAGUUCGUCAUUUAGCGCAAUUGUUUUACUUGUGACUUUCGACGUAGUAUUCUCUUUUUUUCAUUUUUACGUAAACUUUUUUCGAAUACAUGGU